AGAUCUCGGUGCUUUUGGAAUAAUUCGAUCACAGAGCGUUUCUACAUGAUCUGGAUAUAUCGUAUGCCGGAGUUUUUAUAACAUCUCCCAACUCUAGACCGUCAUUUCGAGCACGACAAUUUUCUGAAAUCCACAUCGGAACAGUUUUGUGAGACGAGAACCCAUUACAAUGGUACACGGAACCCAUUUAGCUGUCGCAAAGGCUAAAAGCAACAAAGAUGAGGAAAAAGUGUGGCCGAAAAUGAAAGAGCCUAAAGACGCCGAGACACAAACAGAUCCAGAAAUCACUGGAGUCGAUGCCGACGACUUCGAAGAAGGCGACUACAGCAGCUCGGGCGAGGAGAGCGGAUCAGAUUCAGAUAGCAGCGAUGAAGAGGCUGCUGGGACAGAUAAAUCCAAGGAGAAUGCCUCUUCUAGCGUAAAAACAAGUAAAGGAGUCGGGGCAGGACAAGUUCGACGCAAGAAUAUCGAGUUAAAGUAUUAUUUUGGCGAAGACAUGCCUGACGCGGAGAUGCAAAGACUGGCUGAAGCAGAUGUGCUGGUCCCACCUGGGCUGGAAGUAAAGGAAUCGAAUAUACCUAAUGCAGGGCGAGGAGUAUUUGCCAAGUGUAUUAUCCCAAAACAUGAAUUUUUUGGUCCAUACAUCGGCAGGAUUGUUACUAGAAAAGAGGCCAAGACCUACAAAGAGUCACCAUAUGUUUGGGAGGUUUUUGAUGACUAUGGCAAGCUCACCCACUUGAUUGAUGGACGAGAUGCUUUACAGUCCAACUGGUUGCGCUAUGUCAACUGCAGUAAAGGGCUUGACGAGCAGAACUUGCGGGCUGUGCAGUAUGAUAAGAAUAUCUACUACAUGGCCACCAAAGAGAUAGCUAUAGGAGAAGAGCUGCUCACCUACUAUGGAGAUAAAUUCGCUAAGAAAAUUGGGAUUAAACCCAAGAAAUCGUCAGUUGUCCCAGGCGAGGAGAGUUUCGUGUGCAAAAACUGCGGAAAAAUGUACACAAAUCCAGGAGCAUUGAUAGGGCAUCUGAAGUUCAAAUGCAAUACAGGUGAGCAAAGAAGCAUCUUUGUUCCGGUGCCGACCGGGCCGCGGGCUCUUAUCCCUAAAAUCAAGGUGUCAGAAGAAUACGCGAGACAACAAAACGAAAAGCUGAAGAAGUUCAAAUGUCCCACGUGCGACAAGGCAUUCAUCCGUAAUUACACGCUGCAGUGUCACAUGCUCAUCCACAAGAACGUCAAAGAGCACAAGUGCGAAACGUGCGGCAAGGAGUUCACCCUUCUAAAGCACCUCCAGCGCCACCACCUCGUGCACACCGGUGAGAAACCUUAUAAGUGUCACCUGUGCGGUCGUGCGUUCUCUCAGCAAGGAAGUCUGCAGGCUCACAGCCGUACUCACACUGGUAUUAAACCCUACAAAUGCCAGAUCUGCGGGCGCGCUUUCGCGCUACAAUCGCCCCUCAUGUCGCACAUGAAGACUCACAGUAACGAAAAGAACUUUAAAUGUGAGACGUGCGGUAAGGCGUUCACUCACCGUAACACACUCGCGCGACACCAGCUCAUCCAUAGCGGUACGAGGCCAUACAAGUGUGAAGAAUGCGGGAAGACCUUCACGCAGACAAACGACCUGAAGCGCCACAGCCGCAUUCACACGGGCAUCCGUCCGUACAAGUGCCACGUAUGCAGCAAGUCGUUCACGGUGGAAUUCACACUGGUGUGCCAUCUCAGGACGCACACCGGGGAGAGACCUUACGUGUGUGAUCACUGUGGCAAGACUUUCACGCAGCCAGGCCAACGGCUUAAGCACUCGAGGAAAGAUCAUCCAGAUCUGCCAUUGCCGACAAGCGGGCCUAUCACCCCGAGGCCGGCAUACACUGAGGUUGCUCCGACCCCUGCCCCGACUCCUGACAUCGCAACCAGCACUACCCAGGAAGAGGAUGUGCAAAUGGAUGUGCCACCUACCACUGCUGCUAGCACUAAUCAGGGAGGUGCUAAACAAAUGGAAGGGGUUUCUGAGCAAGAUGCCGAGCAUGUGCCAUCGACGAUGGUUCGCGACUUUUCAGAAAUCGCAGCCAUCAACGGGUGGUCGAAUGACAAAAUGCAUGUGGUUCAGAUGCCUGGAAAUUGUCAAGUUGUGUCGACGGAACAGGUGAUGGUUAACCCCGAACAGGGCAGCAUCUAGCACAACAAGAAACAGGUCGAAUAUCUUACAAAUGGAGGCUGUACAUACAGAGUGAGAUUACUGUAACAUUAACGGUGACCAAGAGUGCUUAUUAGGAGAUAUCCAAGAUGACAA